AUGCUGUCAAGGAAAUCUGAUAAAUUUUCUUUUCCUUUCUUUCUUUUUUCCUAUCUUUAUUUAAUUCCAUUCUGUAAUUCCCAUGGUAUUAUUAUUUCUUUCUUUCUUUCUUUCUUUCUUUCUUUCUUUCUUUCUUUCUUUCUUUCUGUAUUUUCCGUCGAAAUAUUUUCUUUUCCUUUCUUUCUUUUUUCCUAUCUUUAUUUAAUUCCUUUCUGUAAUUCCCAUCGUAUUAUUCUUUCUUUCUUUCUUUCUUUCUUUCUUUCUUUCUUUCUUUCUGUAUUUUCCAUCGAAAUAUUUUCUUUUCCUUUCUUUCUUUUUUCCUAUCUUUAUUUAACUCCUUUCUGUAAUUCCCAUCGUAUUAUUCUUUCUUUCUUUCUUUCUUUCUUUCUUUCUUUCUUUCUUUCUUUCUGUAUUUUCCGUCGAAAUAGAUAUCAGUUUUUCUUUCAUUAUCGUUUUCUAAUUCAUUUCUUUAAUAUUUCUUUCUGUCUCGUUUUUUUUUUUUCUUUCUUUAUUAUUUCUUAUUUUCUCUCUUCUGUCCUUCGUAUUGCCCUUCUUUUUGUUGUCCUAAUUCAAUUUAUUUUCUUCGAUCUCAUUUUAUUUUUUUCCUUCUUUCUUUCUUUAUUUUUACGGUAUUCUCUUCAAUUUGAUUUUCUUUCUUCCUUCCUUUCUUUCUUUCUUUCUUUCUUUCUUUCCCUAUUAUAUUGUGCUUUCUUUCUUUUAACCUUUUAUGUAAUUCUCUUCGCUCUCAUUUUCUUUUUUUCUUUCUUUCUUUCUUUCUUUCUUUCUUUCUUAUGGUAUUCUCUUCGAUCUCCUUUUCUUUUUUUCCUUCUUUCUUUCAUUAUUUUUCGGUAUUCUCUUCAAUUUGAUUGUCUUUCUUUCUUCCAUUUUUUCUUUCUUUCUUUCUUUCUUUCUUUCUUUCUUUCUUAUGGUAUUCUCUUCGAUCUCUUUUUCUUUUUUCCUUCUUUCUUUCUUUAUUUUUACGGUAUGCUCUCCAAUCUCAUUUUCUUUCUUUCUUUUUUCUUUCUUUCCCUAUUAUUUUGUGCUUUCUUUCUUUUAAUCUUUUAUGCAAUUCUCUUCGCUCUCCUUUUCUUUCUUUCUUUCUUUCUUUCUUUCUUUCUUUCUUUCUUUCUUUCUUUCUUCGUUGUGAUAUUCUCUUUGAUCUCCUUUCUUUCUUUCUUUUUCUGA